GCACUGGCCACCACAGCUCCACCUGCCCUCAGGAUGCAGUCCAGCAGCCUUACUGUCUUCCUGGUGAUAUUUGCCUUUGGAUUCCUGAUGCCCUGGCCUGUGGAAGGUGGGCUCAGAGAAAAAUUUAAACCUGGAUCCUGCCCCUUUGUACGCCCUGCGAAGUUCCUUAGAUAUGACCCUCCUGAAUGCCAGAGUGACUGGCAGUGUCCAAAAAAGCAAAAAUGCUGCUACGACUAUUGUGGCCUCAAAUGCAUGGAUCCUGUAGACACGACAAAGACAGAUUCAUUCGUGCCAUUUCAAAAAGAUUAGCACUUCCUGGUAUGUGUGGUCUGGGGAUUUCCUUUUGUCCCCCAAGCCUGGAAAAAAAUGAGAGCACCUUGGUGAAGAUGUGGUUUUGUGACCAAUACCUCCUUGCGGGCCAAGAUUUGGCCUGUUUUAUCUAUGUAUCCCCAACAUCCAGCGUGAAGCUUGGCACAUGACAGGAAAUGUCUGCUGAUUGGUAAAUAAAUAAAUGUACCAGGUUUUCUCUGCA